AUGGCAAUGGAGAGAGCCACAAACCAUCCCUUCACCCGCCCCACCGCAGACGUUACAGUCACGUCCGCCGACUCUGUGAACUUCCGUGUCCAUAUGGCUAUACUUUCCGAGGCAUCGCCCGUCUUUGCCAAGAUGUUUAGCCAACCCCACAAAUUGGCGAAAACCGCACAUCCAGCAUUUUCCGUCGCAGAGGACAGUGCUACACUCGAAGCUCUGUUUCGACUUUGCUAUCCCAUUCGCGAUCCUACACUCGGCACGCUUCGGGAGGUCUGCGCUACACUCAUCGCCGCGCUCAAAUACCAGAUGGCCGAGGCGGUAGAAGUGCUCCGCGCGAGAUUCGUGUCAUUAGCGCCUAGCGAUCCGCUAUGGGCGUACACUGCCGCGUGUCAUCUUGCGCUCGAGGACGCCGCCCGCGCUGCAGCAGUUGAAAUCUGCAAUCAAGGCUUGUGGGACGCAGCCCUACGACCCUGCAGCAGCCCUGAUUUUCGGCAGUACUCGGCGAGUGCCGUCCUGCGCCUGAUGGUCUUUUGUCUGAAGACUGGAAAGAAGAAAGAAGGGUUUACGUUCUUGCGUCCCAAGAGACAUCGUUCGCCGGAUACGGGAAACAGGGGAAUAGCUCGCAACGCCAUCCAAAAGGCGCCUUAUCCGUUCGAUACAGAUUCGGCGGACUUGAUUUUGCGUAGCUCGGAUCGAGUCGACUUCCACGUGCACAAAGCCAUCAUAGACAUGGCUUCUUCACUCAUCUCGAGGAUGGCGUCCUAUUCCGGAUUCGCGCAGAACUGGGGCACUGCUCCGGGUCGACAGGAAGCAUGGGCGGACGAUCUUCCGGUCGACGCGCUCCCCACGAACGUGGAGGACGUCCUCUCCGCGCUCACCGCCGCGAGGAAAUAUGGGAUGGCCAAAGCCACAGACCUCCUCGCAGCGCAACUGCUAUCGCUCCCCAUCGUGCCCCUGCACGCGUUCCUCAUCGCGUGCCGGCUCAACAUGCGCGCCCACGCGCUCAAGGCGGCCCGGCGCACGCUCAGCCAGAAAGAAGCGUUCCUCCUCAUAUACCACCCCGAGAUGGAAGAUGCGCCCGCGGAGACCUACCAGCGUCUGCGCCUUUUCUACACCGGCGCCGGCGCGCAGCUCGACGAGUUCCUCUGCGCGUAUGUCGCCCCUCCCGAAGCGCUGCGCGCGCGCCUUUGGCGGGCGUGUCUUUCUCCCCGCGGUCGGAUCCGCGCGCCGCCGCGAUCGCUGAUGCUGGACGACUGGCCGGCGAGACAGGCGGAGAUGUCGGUGGCCUGCUGGUUCAGCGCGUACGUGGAGGAGCUCCUGUGGAAGCUCCGCGAGGGCAUGCCGCCGCUGGGUGCCGCAAAGGCGCCGUCGGUGCUGCAUGGUGCGAUGGCGGCAGCUGCUGAGAGAGGUGCGUGUAGCGCAUGUCGGGGCUCAGGAGGGCUCGCGCUGAUGAUGGAGUUUGCCGAGUUUCUGUCUGGGGAGAUUACGGUUGUCAUUGAUCGGUACACGCAAGGAUAUGAUUGGGGGGCAAUAUUUGGUGACCUUGCGAACGUUUGA